GGCCGGUGAGUUGCUGGGCUUUGCUCAAGGACGAACCUUUGCUUCAGUGGACGCGGCAGUGCUUGGGGGUGGAUGGAUAGGCCUGCUUCUUCGUGCCUCGUGUCAACGGCGUCUUGGUUUUUAACUGUAGUUGGGUGUCAGCGAAGUUGUUAUGAAGUCCAACGUCCAUCUGCCCAACUUUUGUAGAUAUUUUCUGGGUUCUCUUAUACAUGGCUAAGCCUGACGCCGAUGGUUGCUGAAUGGCUAAGCCACGUUACCCGUAAGUAUCGUGGAGCGUAAAGCGAACAAAGAUGUAUAGGCAACGAAAGCCCCAUGGACGUGGACAGACGGUCGGAGAGCGAAACCGGAGGCCACCGAGGAAAGUGGAAAGAGAAAGGUUACAUGAACUUCAAACCGCGAAUCGAAUCUCACGUUAUCAUAUAGGCUAUAGCUAUUAUUUUGAAGUGAAGGCUCCUUGGCAUCACCUCGGCCUUCUCGUUCAUGAGUCUGUGCGUGGGAUGUCUUCCAUUAUUAAAUAAUUUGUUACGUCAGGAUACCCAGCGCCGGGAAACCGUCUCGCCCGAAUUUCCUCUUUCUGCCCUUGACUCUGAUCACACCAUAGCGAGCGAGCGAGCGAGCGAGCGAGAGAGAGAGACAGAGCCAUGAGCCAUCCCGUCCGGUGCCCCUACUGUUUGGGCGCGCAAGGGAGGUGUACGACGUUGCCGUCGUCGGGGAGGGCGGUGACGGAGUGCGCGUCGUGUGGGCGGGUGGUGGAGGAGCACCAGUCCUACGCCCACGACCUGUUUGUCCUCCGGGCUCAGGACUCCCCUCUCUGCGUCGUUACCCCUGAUGUGGCCCAGCUGCCGCUCCCGCCACUCGACAGUGACGAUGCCGAAUGCGACCCCUUCGAGAACACCGGCUUCAUCACCGCCUUCUCCACCUGGUCCCUCGAGCUCCACCCCGUCUUCGCUCACACCACUACCAGCUUUUCAGGGCACCUGGCCGAGAUGGAGCGUGUCCUCCAGUUCGACUCUGCCGACCCUUCCGCCAGCCUCGUCGACAACCUCAGGGCCUACCUGCAGAUCGUCGACGUCUCGUCCAUCUUGGGCGUGGACCGUGACAUCUCAGACCACGCCGUCCAAUUGUUCAGGGAUUGCGCCUCCACCACCUGCCUCAGGAACCGCAAUAUCGAGGCCCUCGCCACCGCUGCCCUGCUUCAGGCUAUCCGGGAAGCACAGGAGCCCAGAACCCUUCAGGAAAUUUCAGCGGCAGCCAAUGUUGCCCAGAAGGAGAUCGGCAAGUACCUCAAGUUUCUGGUGGAGGCACUUAAAUUAAGCCAGCCCAUUAAUAGCAAUUCCAUAUCCGUUCACAUGCCCAGGUUCUGCACGCUCCUCCAACUCGACAAAUCCACUCAGGAUUUGGCAACCUACAUUGGCGAAGUCGUGACAAACAAAUGCUUCUGUACUCGCCGGAAUCCAAUAAGCAUUUCGGCGGCAGCCAUCUACCUAUCCUGCCAGUUGGAAGAUAAGCGGAAAACUCAGGCUGAAAUAUGUAAGGUGACCGGGCUAACGGAGGUUACCCUGCGUAAGGUUUACAAGGAGCUUCUUGAGAACCGUGACGACCUUCUUCCACCCGAUUACACUCCGGCUGUCCCACUGGACAAGGCGUUCCCCAUGACAACUGUCGCCUCCGGCCGCUCAACAUCUCUGAAGCCCGAUGUCGUGGAUCUCUCUUCCUCUUCGACCGGCCAGGCUAAGCUCUUAAAUGACACAACAAAACCCAGAAAGAUUCAAGAAGGUACAGAGGGGGAUCAACACCAACAGGCAGGGAAAGGCAAGGAGAAGGAGGCAGAGUAUCGGGACGCUGCUCUUCGGGGCUCCCCAUUAACGGAAAGAGCAAACAACAACGAUCCGGGUGCCUUACAGUGGCAGUCUUCACUUCUAUUCCGUAUGCCUGCUCUGAGGGAAAGCGGGAGCUCUACAAGGCCAGAAAGAGACAUAGACAUUAAUGAGGCGCAGCCAUGCUCUCGAGAAGAAGGUGACUGCAAGCACAAGGGAGCCGGUUCCGGGAAUUCGGGUGGUUUCCUUCCAGGUAGUGGUUGGCGUUUUUCUGCUUCUCGUUCAACCGAAGCUCAUGCACCGCCAGUCUAUCAAAAAUUGACUGCUGGGUUGAUUGGGCACGUAGAUCAGUUACAAGUCAAGAAGGGGAAUCUCCCAGGCGUUGAAGGCAAAAGCCACAGGAAGUGAACUCUUGUGGGCGUUGGAUAGAGGGAAUCGGUUGAAGGCUACUACUGUAUUCCGAUAUAUCAUAUAUAUAUGACCCUCGCAUUGGACAUUGGUGCUCUCCUUCAUCUUCCCUUUAGCUGUAUGCAUGGAUCCCCAUGAGUGCGAAGUGUAUAAUUAACAAAGAGGGUGCUUGUUGAUGGAGUUGAAUGGAUAGGAGCAUUCAAAUCCUCUGCAACUUGCUCAUUUCCUCAUUUUGUUGUUUAUAGGAGAAGAUAAUGAGAUCCUA